UUCUUAAGUGAAUCACUGCGAUUGUUAAGGGAGUCACAGGGUUGUUAAGUGAAUCUGAAUUUGCCCGUCAAAAGGGGAUCACAUGACCCUGGGACACUGCAACCAUUGUAAGUAUGAACCACUUGCCAAAAACGUCUGAAUUUGGAUCCCGUGCCUAUGAAGAUGCUGCAGCGUUCGUAAGCAUGAAAUUUUUUUUCCAAUGCUGUUGUAGCUUUGAAUGGUCACUAAGUGAACUGUUGUAAGUCGAGGACUAUCUGUAAUAGCAAAAAAAUUUUUUUAUCCUGAAUACUAUUGCCAAGAAAAGCUUGACUUCAGAGAAUCAGCAAACAAGGGCGAUCGAUUUCCUUGGGUUGAUUAUUUGGUUAUAUAGACCUUGAUAUCCUAACCUUCUAAUGCUUAAUUCGCACUUUGGAAUCGUUAACCAUAAUUAAAAACUAAUGUAAUGAACACUUAAGGCCCCCGACAAGAAAACGAUGACCUUACAAUAGAAUUUGUAAGAAUUUACAAAUAUAGAAUAGAAUUGAAUGGCGGAACUUAUUCAACAAGUGAGAAUUGCGUUUUAAUCUUGGUUUGUGUUCCCGGAGAAACAGGAACACCUUUCUGAUCUUGGUUUGCGCCUGAACAAAUUAACAACCUACAAUGGGUUCCCUUCACCCCAAAUAUUAACCCACGUUAGGGUUUCUAAUCACAAGGUCUGAAUUCACACAUCACCCUAAGCCAAACCUGUAUAAAAUCAUUUCAGUGUGCAGUGUAAAUUUGACCAUUUUCUGUUCACAGGACAUGAACAGCUAAAUUAUUUAUCUAUGAUUUAUCUAUUGAUCAGAAUUACGUAGCUGCCUAUUUCCCAAGAAGCAAUUCGGCGGAAUACAACCUUAAACCAAUGUACCACAAUAUAAAAGCAGACGAUAUUAAAAAGCCAAAUUACAAAUGAAAAACAAAUUUAAAAUACAGAAACCGCAGGGAGUGUGUCAAAAUAUCAGCCUUAAUGAAGAAUGUCUGUUAUUUUCGAAUUGUGGUCAGCCAUCCACAUCUUGAAAAGCAUACAAACAAGAAAAAAUCCAAAAGGCAUAGAUUUAUUUUCCGGAAAGACCAUUGCCUUCAGCUGGACUCAUUUUUAUUUAUUUAUUUUAUUUUAUUUUUAUCCUGCCUUUUUAUUACUUUUAUAGGUAACUCAAGAUGGGGAACAUACCUUAUACUCCUACUUUCCCAACAACAACCCUGUGAGGUAGGUUGGGCAGAGAGAGAGAGAGAGAGAGAGGGUGAUUGGCUCAAAGUCACCCAAUUGGCUUUCACCGCCAAGGUGGGACUAGAACUCACCGUCUCCUGGUUUCUAGGCCAGCGGCUUUUCAACAAUGGAUAAUUCUUUUAGAAGCAUUUGAAAACGAGAAAAAUAAAGCAGAAGGGCCCUGCAAGCGCGAUGCUCGUUUCUGAUUUUCUGUUGAAAUCAAUUCAGAAUAUUUACUUCUGAAAACUUCUACCCAGCGACUGUUAACGAAUUCUUUUUUAAGGUGCGGCAGUGAAAGAUUUCCAUUUUAAGGAGCAAAGAGGGAGGCGCUGAAAAGGUUCCUUUUCAUGAAGCCCUCUUGAAAAAGGCGUAAAUUUAUAUCCUCUUCAGCAGAUCAACGUCACUGUGAAUUGCAGUGGAUUUUGUGAGGUUUUUGGGUUUUUUUUUCUUUUUAAAAAAAAUGCUGCGUUGACCUCUUUUUGGCUUUACUUUAUGAAAAUCCAGCGCCGUAAACUUGCUGGUACAUGUCUGAAUUGUUUUAGACUCUUGAUUUUCACUAUUUGGGGCUUGGGAUCGUGAUUAAAGAUAAAAUAAGAUGUUUGAAAAUUCAGCCUAUAAUCUCGGCUUGGCUUGCAACCAGCCCUGAAGAGCAGAAGUCCAGAGUUGCACCAUAUCAGGAUUUUCAGCUUGUUAACUUCCUGAUAGCAUCCGGAUACCGGUAGCUUAAAAAAACCGGAGCAAAACCAGUAUCUCCAGACAGGCUGAUCUCGGCUCUGGAAGGCAAAAGCACCUGGUUAAUUUUUUUUUUCCUCGGGAAAAUAACCUUGGUUGAAAAAAAAAUCGGUUUAUUUUAAUUGCAUUUUUCUCAAAUCGGCAUUCCGGCUUUUACCGUAGCGCAAAGACCAAACUUGAGAAAAAAACAAAAACUGGUUGACGUCUAAGGAUGCCCAAAGCGACGGUGAAACUGAUUGUCACCGGGGAUGAUUUCGGCUAUUGCCCGAGGAGGAACCACGGCAUCGUGGAGUGUUUCCUGGCCGGCGCCAUCUCCAAUGUUUCGCUCCUGGUUAACGGGAGUGCCGUAUUCGACGCCGUUCAGCUGGCCAAGAAACAUUGCAUUCCAAUAGGACUCCAUGCCAAUCUAUCCGAGGGCACCCCGGUUUGCCCAGCGCUGAAGAAAAAGUCCACGCUCCUCAACCCAGGCGGGUUCUUCCAUGGAAAGAUGGGAAUUCGGACGUGUUUAAACGAAGGACUUCUUAGCAUGGUUGAGGUGAAGCAGGAAUUAAUAGCACAAGUGGAAUUGUUUCGUGAACUGACGGGCCAUUUACCUCAUCACAUGGAUGGACACCAACACGUCCACGUUCUCCCAGAGAUCAGGCACGUAUUUGCGGAGGUGUUAGAAGACUACGGGAUCACUUACACCCGAGUUCCCAUCGAACCGGAUCUCCCACGCUGUGGUUGGAUCGAGUCAACUCUGAUGGAUUUCUAUUUGGGAGUGGAGAAGGAUUCGCUGAACACCAUAGAGGUCUUUCAAAAGCACGGCAUAAGGUGGCCAGAUAUAUAUAUCGGCCUCAGCACCAUGGGGAAAAAUAUGUCCAUCCAAAGCAUCUUAGAUGCUAUCGAUAACGCCACCGCAGCUCAUCUGGCCAAAGACGACAUAACAACGACUCCUCCACCAUCUUCGUUCUUAUAUCCUCCCGGUCAAGGACUCCGGACGGUGACCCUCGAACUCAUGACCCACCCAGGCUACCCCAGCAUCCCACCUACUGGCGGUUGCGGAGAAGGCCCCGAUGACUUCUCUCAGUCGCGGGAACGCCUGCACGAACUCGAGACCUUGAAGAACCCAGAGCUCCGGGAACAUUACAAAAUGAGAAACAUUCAGCUCUGCGCUUUCAAAGAUCUCGCCGUCUCGUCUGACUCUCCGUGAAGGACGCCUUCCGUUUUUACGUCGGUUAGAUGAACGGUGGCUGAUGGUUCCAAAUGGGAGCAGGUGACCUCUGGGGAAUUUUUGCACUCUCUGCAGGCGGAUAUGGCGCCUUCCUCUCAUUUUUAAUUUUUUUGGGGGGGGGAGGGCAACUGGAGGGGGAGAAAAAAACCAACAACCUCAUAGAAGGAACUUCCGACUGCGAUUGUCUUCCUGCGAAGAGCCGAGUGGGAUUUCCCAGAGUUUUUGGUUGUAGAAGCAGAAGUUGAAUGGGGGCAGUUGAAUGGGGAGCCAUCGCUCGGCGUUGGCUUGAUAGCAAACACCAGCAUAGAUCUGAAAUUCUUAGGGUCGAUACCAAGAGGGGAGAAAAAAUUGGUAACUCAGGGUUGACAGAAAGGGCCCUUGUUGCUCUCCGAGCUUGGCAGUUUCCUUGCAGACGUUUCGUGACCAAACUAAGUAAAAUCAUCAGUGCCUCCCUGGGUGUUUGUCUAAUAUGACAAUACGUUUUUCUGCCAGAUGCAAAGCUUCGUGGCCUGUUUCACAAACCGCAAUUAAAACAAGCCAAGGCUUGGCACGCUGCAGGAACCCAGCUAACACAGCAACGUAGGUCUCUCUUUCCUCAUUGUAUUCUGAGAUAGAAAGGCAUUUUGGAAGAAUCCAAUGUAAGGAUUUUUUAAAAGAUUAGUUUAAAAAAAAAACCAUCAAAAAAAAAACCACCAUCCCAACUGUUUGAAUAGCAAAUAGAACAGGUUGAAUCAAGAAUACCUCGAUCUGCAAGACUGAAAAUCAAAACGUUAUGAAAGCUUGUUAGAAGAGAGUUUGGAGCGUUCCAAUUUUUUAUUUUUGCCUUGGGUUGAAGAUAGUAGUUUAAAAUCUGAAAAAAUAAAUACAAGCAAACAGUUGUUUACAUAAAGACUCCUGGGCUUGAAAAAAUAAAAAAAAAUUGCAUUCGGCAAUCAAAUGCUCACCAUAUUUUUUUUUUAACAUGCUCAGUUGAUUUGUGCAAACCCCUUGCACAGAUGAUUGUCCAGAAGUAUGGUAUUUAGCCGGUUCAAACCGGUUCACCCGAACCGGUAGUGGAAAUUGCGCCCACCUGCCCUGUCUCUUAUUUAGGCACAUUUUUGAGGCCGUGCGCAUGCGUGGUAGGUGCACGAUUGAGCAAAGUCCAUGCGCAGAAGGCCAUGUGCAUGUGAGGACGUGGCGUGUGCAAGCAAAGCGAGCCCGCACACACGUGCGCUCACGUUUGCAAACCGGUUUCAAGGUUUUUUUUUUCCCCACUUGUGAAUUUCCUGUUUUAAAAGACGAAAUUUUCUCUUGGACCUUCCACAGGUUGGUCCCAAUCCUAUCUGUGAUCCAGUAGGCAUCUCUCUCUAUAUAUAUAAAAGCGAAAACCCACUCACGCAUUAAUCACGAAAUCUCCAGAACCGUAAAUCCUACAAACUUGAAAUUUGCUAGGUAUGUUCCUCUUGGCUUCUAGGUGCUAAGAAAGGAUUAGCAUAAUUAACAUAAUUAACAUGCUGUGAUGCUAAGGAGCUGUACUCCCCCCUCCCCACCCCAAAAGAAAUCUAUUCCAAAUGCAAAACACAAGCAGAGGAGUUUCACUUUCAGUUUUACUUUCACAGCAAGCAGCUUUACUGCAGAACACUUGAGCUAAGCCAAGGCCAGCCUCCUUCCGGUCUCACACAGCAAAUACUGUUUGAGUUUCCAAACACCCCUCAACUCUCUCACACAAUGACAGGAUGGUAGCCAGAUGAAUACCGAUGGAUGCUGCGGGCUGGGACAUUCUACUCUCCCUCCCCCUCUGUUCCAACUGCCAGUUGCAUUAUAUUAACACACACUGAUGCUACAGUUACACGUUCUACAUUAAGUUUCAGGCUACAAGUCUCAAUUUAUCAAGCCUGAGCACAUAGUUUUAUAGCGAAGCACGGGCGUCCAGCUAGUAUAUAUAAAAAGAGCUGCUGUUAUAUUAUCUUUUUUAUUUCCUAUUGUACAGAGAGUCCUCCACUUACAACUGUCCAUUUAGGGACCAAUCGAAGUUACAACAGCACUGGAAAAAAAAUGACUCGCAACCAGUCCUCGUACUUACGGCCAUUGCAGGGUCCCUGCGGUCAGGUUAUCGCAACCAGGUGUUUAGCAAUCAGCAUAGAAGAGUUAUAACGCCCGGGGGGGGGUCAUUUGAUCCUGAUUUGUGACUUUCCCAGCUGGCUUCCAACAAGCAAAAUCAAUCCGUAUUCACUUAAUGACCAUGUGAUUAAGAAGUGCAGUGAUUCACUUAACAACCGUGGCGGGGAAAAAAAGGUCUUAAAAUGAGGUGUGAUUUGCUUAAGAACCCGCCUUGCUAAGCAAUAGAAAUUCUGGUCAUAAGUUGAGAAUUAUUUGUAAUAGGUCUGCAACAUAAUGUUUAUACUUUUGAGAAAUUACAUUCCUUUGGCUAAUUGUUUAAACGUUCAAAUCAAUUCUGUGACUCUUGUUAAUUCCCACAAGUUUCCCGAGUUCUCUGUUGACACUGAAGUAUUAUUUAUUCUUGUAUUACUCUGGGACUAAUAAUGAAUUAAACUAGUUGUUUUUUUAAAAAAAAAUCACCCUCUUUUCUAUGGAUAAGUAAUUGCCUACUAUUAAGCAGUGUAUUUGGUUAGGAACAGUUUGGAAAAUUGAAAUUUUGAGUUUCUUCCAGCCACUCUCUCUCUUCCCUGGCCCGCACUGGUCGAAACUAAAAUAUUUGAAAGGAGCAUUAACAGCGAUGGCAGAAUAUGCCAGCAUUUAGCCAUGUUUUAGACGGAUGAAAGAAAUAUUUACCCUUCCUUUCUAAUUAUCUUAUAUACUAUAUCAACCUAUUUUGGCUAGUUUGAAUAAUAAGUAAUAGAAAAACAGAAUUUGCUGGGCAUUUUAAUUAGUUAUUAGAUUAUUAGAUUAUUUUAACAAAAGACAAACAAACAUUGGCCAGGAUAAAUGCAAGAAAGUUGAUUUGAUUGCAAGGUGAAAAGAAAAGAAAGGAAAAGAGAGAGAGGGAGAGGGGGGAAGGAAGAGAAAAAAGGAAAAAAGAAAGAAAGAAAAAGAAAAAAGAAAGAAAGAAGGAUUCAGCUUAGCACCGAGAAGUGCGAUAGUGUUAUUUAGUUAAUCCAUUCAUCAAAAAGUCACGCUAUUAAAAAUACUGCACAGAGUGCUCAAUUCACCAUUCAUUUAGCAACCAAAAUUAAAACGGAACUGAAAAAAGUGACUUAACAGCUAGCUGGUCCUUGCAAUUACGACGGCAUCCCCACGGUUACGUGGUCAAACUUUGGUCAUUCAGCAUGGACGCAAACCUUUAAGCCAUCAUAUGGCUUCAAAAUCUAAUCUAACAAAGCUAAUUUGUUCCUACGUACAGGACAAACAGCAAGGCCUGUUAACAUCCCAACUGUCAAGUUAAGCCAAGAAUUGCCAAGCCGCUGAAAAAAAUUCGGUUUGGCCAAAGGGGCGAGUCCCAUCUGCUCGCACCUCUUGCAGAGAUGAAAACGGGAAGUUUUCAAAACUUAGGCUGGACAAACCUUUGGCCUGGAUGUAUAAGGUUUCCUGCCUUGAACAAGGGGGUUGGACUGGAAGACCUCCCGAGGUCCCUCCCAGCUCUAGAAUUCUAUGUCCUAAAAUCACCUCUCGGGCACAUCGAAACAAGCCAUCAAUCGCUUCUUCAAAAUUAUUCACAACUUCCCCGGGUUUUGUGCAAGGCGCGUGCCAUUUUUGCAUCUCCUUGGAUCGUUUUUGAGUUUUUGCAGCCAUUUGGGGGUGGGUGGGUGGUUAGAUCUUCCCAUGGAAAAACGAAAGGGGAACAGGGAAUUUCACAGAAAGGUGGAGGGGAGAAGGCUGGGAUAUUUUAAGAUGUUCUUUGACAUGGCUAUUUUAGCUGUAGAUAUAGCCCGGGAAAUUACAUUUCGUUAGCCAGAAAAGGGGAAGAUAAUAAGGACACUUACAAGAUGAGAUUGUAGAUCAGUAAUGGUUAUAGCUAAAGCUCGAGGGACAGGUGUUGUGUUAUUUGCACAAAUGCAGCUGACAAUUAUGGGUUGAAUGCAGGAAUCUGACCCACAGGGGGAAAAAAUUAGUAGAUUGUUGUUAACCAAGAUAAGAAGGGGAUUCUGAAUGACAGUCCCUUAAAUUAUUCAAUCAUCCUCAUCCUCAUCCUCAUUAUUAUUAUUAUUAUUGCAUUCUCUGCUCCGAAAUCACCCGUGGACAUGU